AUGGGUCGGAGAAAGAUCGAGAUCAAAGCCAUCAAAGAUGAUCGCAACCGUUCUGUUACGUUCUUGAAACGAAAGGGGGGCCUCUUUAAGAAGGCGCAUGAGCUCGCCGUUCUGUGCUCCGUGGACGUUGCCGUCAUCAUCUUUGGCCACAACAAGAAACUAUACGAGUACUCUUCAUGUGACAUGCACGAUGCCCUGGGACGGUAUCAAUAUUUUGGACCUCCCCACGAGCACAAAGGACCGGAUGAUUUCUCUGGUAAGCGCGAUGACGAUGACGAAGAAGAUGAGACCACGCCCGCUCCAGAAGAGAUACAAGCCCUUCAACAUGGCGCUCCUACCGGCCCGCCGCACCUCCAACACCAGGCUGGCUUCCAACACAUCAAUCACGCGCCUUCCGCAUCUCCCCCGAUCCACAACGGCCUUCCUCUAACGCGACAUGGAACCCCGCAAUCGCACUCACGUCCCACCUCGAGGAAUCAUAUCCGUCGUGGCAGUUCGAACCUGGGCCCCCAGCAGCAUGCCACGCCUCCGCCGCCACCUGCACCGCAAAAUGGUGGAUAUGCAUACAUGCAGAAUCCCUCGAUGUACAAUCCGAACGUCCGUCCAGGUCAAUUUCAGCACUACGGUCAUCCGCCGCAUCAGGGAACACCGCCGAUACACGCCCACGGCUUGCCGCCUCAAUCGAUGCCGCCACACCAUCAAGCAGCAGAUGGGAAUGCCACAGGGCUCUCACGCACCGGCGCAGCAGCAGGCAUACAUGCAAGAGUCUGGCAGAAGCUCGGCGCCUCCCCCUAUGCAGCAGACAGCCAACAGCAGCGCAGUGUGCCUACAUCUCAAGGCUCCCAAGAGAACACGACGGCGACAAUGAAAGUUGAAGAGAGACAGUCCCCACCACAGCCGAGGUCAUUGUCUUCAUCCAAGUCGCGCAGCAUAUUCACGCCUAUUGAUGACCGCGGCUCCGUGCUCGCUCGUCAUUUCGGCUCGGGCGUUCCAAUAUACGAACCACCUCAGAGCGAGGCAAUGUUGCAGAAGAUCAACCAAUCGCAACAUGAGCCAUCUGAAUCCAGGGGUAGUGUUGCGGCCGGCACUCCUCGUACAAACUCGAUAUCGUCAGUCUCGGAUAUCAGACCGCCAGUGCGGACAAACAGCGGGCAACUAGCAUCGAAAAGACCACAACUGAAGGUCCAGAUUCCCAGCGAGAGUUCAGAUCACGGCAGUGCGACGGCAGGAUCUUCAUCGCACGAUUCUGCUGGAAACAAGACGCUCACUCCUGCCAAAGGGAAUGCCGAUAACCCCCCAUCUGGGGUGGUUCUCCCCCCUCCGUCUCCCUCAGCCGGCGCAAUUCUGAGUGCCGGUGCGCAGGGUCCACCGAAUCCGUUUGCCCGCCCACCCCCGCCGGUCGCUGCGUCACAGAACAACUACGGAGGCAAUGCUGGCAACCCCAAUAACAAUGGGAACAGCACGAGCAACAUAGAAACACCCAUAUCGGCACUCCCUAGCCGGUUUGUCUCCGACGCACUCCUCCCAUCACCAUCCAGCUUUUUCCCGGAGUGGGGUUUUGGCCGCUCAGGACCUGAUUCGAACAUGCUGCCCAGUCCUCUCACAUUCCCAACCCCCGCGGUACAAAGUGGCCCUGGCUUCUCUCGGGAUGAUGAACCGGACAAGAAACGCAAAUCCCCGGAUUCAGGUCCUCCGGGAGAAGGCACCAGCAAAAAACCCAAAAUAUGA